AUGAAGCGCAAAACUCAAUUUUGGCAAGGAAAUAAAGUAACAGAAUGGGUAACGCCUUUCUAUCAAAUGCGGUGCUGUAGUUCUACGAUUAGUUUAAUGGAUGCGUCGCUUCGUUCACACCGAGUUCAGGCGUGCGAUGGCGAGAAAGUCACACUGCAUUGCCCUCGCAACACACACAUAAUGAUAGAGACGGGGUAG